GACGGCUCAGCAUCGUCGGCGUCGACGACUCUCUUGCGCUUCUUCACCUUCUUGUCGCCCUUGAACGAGAGUGCUUUCACCAUGUUGGCGCGUUCUGGUGGUGAGGUCGGCGUCGGAAUCGGACGAGCUCUAGUCGGAAUCGGCCGGGCGGUGGCAGAAUUAGGAAGGUGAGAGUGGACGAACAUCAGCCGAGCGGUAGAAUCUUGCGCUAGAUCGGAGGUAGUCACGGUACUAAAGUCGACAUAGAGACCGACUGUGUGGCCUGUGGUCAUUCGUCGUCUAAACCAAAGCCUGCUCAAUAUCAAAAUGGCCAGUGCCAACGCUGCUGUCAGUCAGAACGCUAUUGCGGUGGGUCUGGAAGAUCUCAAGAAUGACAACGUCGACUUUGGGUUACUCGAGCAGGCGUUCGGCCCUGAGAGUCUGGGCAUCAUCGUCGUGAAAGACUUGCCGGAGAAGUUCCACGCGCUGAGAUCUAAGCUGCUGUCGUACUCCUCAGCUCUCGCCAGUCUGUCGCCGGAGCAACUUGAGAAGCUCGAGUCACCUGCCUCCAAGUGGCUGGUUGGAUGGUCCUGUGGAAAGGAGACACUCAAGGACGGCCAGUAUGACACCCUCAAGGGCUCUUACUAUGUCAACUGCGCCUCUGGGUUUGAGGAGUCGCAGAAGUCGGUCGCAGAGAAGUACCCGUCGUUCCCAGAGUACACAGCACCCAACGUCUGGCCGACCGAGGAGCUUCUGCCCGGCUUCGAGCAGACGUUCCGUGAACUCACCACACUGAUCAUCGACGUUGCCGUGCUUGUCGCGCGUGCUUGUGACAAGUACGCCGAGGCAAACAUUGAGGGGUACCAGAAGGGAUUCCUCGAGCAUGUCGUCAAGACUAGUGUGUCGACAAAGGCCCGGCUCUUGCACUACUUCCCUUCCCCAGAGUCGAGCAGUGGAGCGUCAGACUCGUCCAGCGGUGACGAGGACGACUGGUGCGCUACCCACCUCGACCACGGCUGCUUGACCGGCCUUACCUCUGCUAUGUUCGUUGACGAGGCUGCUCAUGUCCCGCAGACGGGCACGUCAUUUGCACCGCUGAAGGAGCUCGAGCGCUCGCCCGACCCAAAGGCCGGACUCUACAUCCACUCGAGGACUGGAGCGACGGUCAAGGUCGGGAUACCGCGGGACUGUCUCGGCUUCCAGACUGGAGAGGCUCUUGAAAUCAUCACCAAAGGCAAGUUCAGGGCAGUCCCCCACUUUGUCAGAGGCGCUGGCGCCGGAACUGGUGGAAAGGUGGCUAGGAAUACGCUGGCCGUGUUCACGCAGCCUAACCUGUGGGAGAAGGUGGACGAGAGAAGAGACUUUGCCGCGUUUGCGAAGGAGAUUGUGGAGAAGAAUCAUUGAGCGGCUGGGGAAUGACAUCAUCUGCUAUCUAUCUUGACCGCAACUGCAUGACACCUCACGCG